AUGAGAGGCUCUACGCUGCUAUCUACAACGUAUCGCAUGGGAUGCCAUCGUAUACGCCCUUCUUAUACGAAUUCAAUACGAUACCAAUCUACAAUUCCAGUUGGACCUCCUCCUCCUCCAAGCUUUGACACAAAUUACUCUCAUCACGAAUCAUCCAGCCAUACUAGGCCGCCUCCUGAUCUGAAUAUAUUCCUCAAUGCUGCUUCUGAUUCCAAUCCAGACGAUGUCCCGUCAAGGAUACUGGCUGCUGCUCUACUUCAAGUGCCAGAGCAUGGUUUCACUACUCGAGCUCUAGAAACAGGGGCCAAGUCUUUGGGCUUACCCAGCGUCGCUCAUGGUAUCUUUUCAAGAGGUGGAAUCGAUCUGAUAUCGUACUUCUUCAAAACUUCAAAAGAGUCCAUGCGAGCAGAUCUGAUGGCCAUGGACCUUGCCAGUAUGAAGAUUACCCCCAAAGUUCGUGCUGGUGUCGUUUCGAGGCUGGAGAAAUCAAAACCCUUCAUUCACAAGUGGCCAGAGGCUGCAGCACAACUCGCAUUACCUCAGAAUCUAGAUGUCGCGUUGAAAGGUCUAGGAGAACUAGUUGACGAGAUAUGGUUCCUUGCUGGUGACCGUUCAGUCGAUGCAAGUAUGAACUGGUAUAGCAAACGAGCUCUGCUUGCUGGUGUCUAUACGUCGACAGAAAUGUACAUGACACAAGACAAAUCUCCUGAAUAUCAGGAAACAUAUGCAUUCCUAGAUCGACGACUAGGAGACGUGGCCUUUGUCGGCAAGACCAUUGCCCAAACCAAACAGAGAGCUGAUUUUCUCUUUAAGAGUGCUGGCAACAUCCUAGAAUCGAGAGGAUUCCGACGACCCUGA